GUGGGCACCGAGGCAUAUAACAGUCAAAACCCCUGAAGCAAAAACCCUUACCUGAAAAUACAUACCUACUGGACAUGGAGAUCGAUCCUCCCGUCAACCAAGAGGAGCAGGAGAUCAAUGAGAAGGAACUCUUCAAAGCGGCAGAAACUGGAGAUUCUUUCGCUUUCAAAGUACUUUCACUAGAGCAGCUCUCCAAAGCCCUCUCCCUCAGAAAUGACGACGGCCGUUCCCUCCUCCAUGUGUCCGCCUCUUCCGGCCACCCGGAGGUUGUGAAAGUGCUAGCAGAUGUAGAGGAAUCUAAGAGCGUUGUAAACAGUGGGGAUGAAGAAGGUUGGGUGCCACUGCAUUCCGCUGUUAGUAUUGGAAAUGCAGAAAUCGUCGAGGUGCUGUUAAGCAAAGGGGCUGAUGUUAAUUUGAAAAAUGAUGGUGGUCGUGCGGCUCUUCACUAUGCUGCUAGCAAGGGACGGUUGAAAAUUGCUGAACUUCUGAUGGCAUAUGGUGCAAAGAUAAAUUCAAAGGACAAGGUUGGUUGCAGUCCAUUGCAUAGAGCAGCUAGCACAGGGAACUCGGAAUUGUGUGAGCUCCUAAUUGAGGAAGGAGCGGAAGUUGAUACUGUCGAUAAAGCUGGACAAACUCCUCUUAUGCAUGCUGUGAUUUGCGAUAAUAAGGGGGAGGUGCACUUGAGGUUACAAGGAGGCAACACAGAUAGCCUCAAGAAGAUUGCUACAAGAACACCAAAGCUGUAAAAUGGAAUGAAUAUUAUCAGUAAGAACAGCUCAAGAAGAUUCCUUAUUGUCAAAGGUUAUCCUAUUCCUUUUCUUCCAUAAGCACCUAACAAUGGCCAUAGGAAACGAGCUGUAAAUUCUUCUUUUUUCUAUUGUUGCUGGUUCAUUCUUGUUUGCCUAAAAGGCUACAACCAUUCAUGACUGCGGUCUAAGGAGCAUAAAUUAGCUCAGAUUCAGCUCAAGCUCCAUGAUUCUAUCCAAUAGGUUUAACUGUUUAACUUGAUUUUGGCUGAUCAUGACCUUAAGAAGCCUAGUUGGAAUUGAUGAUAGAGAUUAAUCACAUAUACGAGAUCAUGUUAUGAUCCUUGUAGUUUCUCAACUAAUACCGCAGAUAUACCUACCUCUGAAGUCUCAGUCUCAAGAUUGAUUAGUAAUGCAUUGGGGUUUAGUUUUCUUGCGCUCUGUGAUGCUGAUGUGGACUGCUCAUGGCCUACUUUGCUAAUCUGGGAGUUUCUUAAUGGCAAUUUUUUUUAUGAUGUGGAACGUCUCCAAGGCAGGGCCACAGUGGGCACCCCCUAUUAUUUUUCGAAAUUAAGGUGCACCAGGUGAGAUUUGGAUUCAAGACCUUUGAGUUUACUGGUAGUCCCAGAGUUCCCUUCUCUUUCCAUUGGGCGGCAACCCAUGCUAAAAAAAUUGAUCUUAUGUAUCUAGUUUCAUCAUAGUAGAGCCUAAAGAGUUAUUUAGGGAUUAAAAUUUUAGCUGUUCAGUUGCCACAUUCCCCAUUCAGAUUUGCGUUCUUGACACGGACUUUUUCUUUAUGAAUCAUGUUUUGUUCUCUGGCAGUUGCUGAUGGUGCAGUGUGCUUUGUAAGCCUUCUUAGCUAGUAGCUGGGGGAUUUUGUUUCUUUCAUGCUAGAACUUUGUUUUUUCUUUCUUCUUUCGAUUCUGAAGAUGGCAUCUGUCCCUUCGUCACAAAUUGGCGUGGUUGCUGCACUUUCCUUACCACUACAAACUUUGUUGAGUUACUCAUAAACUAAGAGACAUUCCAAGUCAAAUGUUUCACUGUGGAAAAAAUGCUAAUUGAGGCAAAUCACAGAGAUCAUUCAGGGGAGCUCUAUUCUUACUACAAAAGUUCCACU